AUGUGUUCGGCAAUUCGUCAGUCUGACAAAGACUCGCAGGAGUACACACCAAGUAGUACCUCAGAUGUUUCAGGUUCAAGUCAGGACGCGGUGAUAAACCUCGCACAGGACGAUCGUGACGCUGAAGAGGAGACUUCCACUGACGUCCCAUCUCACGCUCGCCCAAGGAAAGCUACCAACUGGAUCUGGGACUACGUACAUCGGCUAGAUGAGAUGGUCAUGCACAAAGGAGCAGAAUACACUCACAUAUACCUCCUUUGCCUACAGAACAAUGCAUGGCAAGACUCCCUGUGUCGGGCGAAGAACACCUCCAAUGCCAAAGACCAUUUAGUUUCCAUACACAAGGAGCAUGAGUGGGCUCAAAAAGAGCAGGAACAUCGAUCCAAACGGACAAAGCGGUUCUCGGUAGCUGUGGAGCCGAAAGAAGAGACAAAGCGUACAGCGGAGCCUACCCAGACGACAGGCCAGCAGAUCAACCGCCAAAAGAAGUUAGGCUGA